CCCGAGACGGCCCCAGAGCCGCCCAAGACGGCGCAAGAGGGUCCCAAGAAGGCCCCAAGAGGGGGCCCGUAGCCAUUUUGGCUCAAGCCGUUUGGGCAUAUAGCCAUUUUGACUCGAAGCAUCUCGACCCUGGCCGCGGCGUCACAGACGCUACUUCUGCUCACCAGCAUUCGUUCAUCUAGCCCGCGCGCGUGCUCGAUAUGACCCCCCUUCACGCAGCUGUUGUUCUCGCGCUCCCCUUCGGCAUCGUACAGGGUGCCUGUGUGGACACCGACGGUUGGUCGUCAACCUCAGAGGGUUGGGAUUGUAAUACAUACAGUGUUCAACCGUCUAUGUGCUCGUGGGGUCACUACUAUGAAGACCUUGGCUUUGAUUCCAGUGAAAUGUGCUGUGUAUGCGGCGGCGGGGCGCCUGUACCUACGCCGCGUCCGCCACCGCCGCCAUCGCCACCGACGCCAGCACCAACGACGCCACCGCCGCCGACGCCGCCACCGACCCCAGCACCGAGUGCCGGUGUGGACACCGACGGUUGGUCGUCAACCUCACAGGGUUGGGAUUGUAAUACAUACAGUGUUCAACCGUCUAUGUGCUCGUGGGGUCACUACUAUGAAGACCUUGGCUUUGAUUCCAGUGAAAUGUGCUGUGUAUGCGGCGGCGGGGCGCCUGUACCUACGCCGCGUCCGCCACCGCCGCCAUCGCCACCGACGCCAGCACCAACGACGCCACCGCCGCCGACGCCGCCACCGACCCCAGCACCGAGUUCCGCCUCGCCCAGCAGCAACACCACCAAGACGACCACCACGACGAUCACCGAGACGGGCACGGGUUCCGCAUCGCCCAGCAGCACCACCACCAGGACGACCACCACGACGAUCACCAAGACGGGCACGAGUUCCGCAUCGCCAAGCAGCAGCACCACCAAGACGACCGGCACGACGAUCACACGGGCCACCGGUAUGGUGCUAACCGCAACGACUGCAUUGGUGAGUCCAGUACUGGCAGGAUCACAGGAGUUGGUGGUGGAGUCCGAGGAGGGCUUUUCUGUAGGGGACACCAUCGUGAUCACUGGUGGCGGAAAUUCGGAGACUCGUGACAUCGCGAGCUUUGGAUCCAUUGUGCUCGACGCACCGUUGGACUACGGAUACCCAGCGGGCUCCAGCAUCACCAAAUUAGGUGGUAGCUAUUCGAGCACUGCACCAUGGGCGGAGGAGCAGCAAGACUCCGAGAGAUUGCUUACAGUCUUCGUUGGUGUCGUGAUCGUCCUCCUGGCCUGCACCGCGCUGGGCUUGGGCUGUCUUAUGAGGCGCGGAUGUCCUGGCCGUGGCAGGGGCCCAGCGCACGACCGCGGCAUGCGCGACGCGCAGAUUGAGAUCAGCGUGUCGGAGUUGGACGCGGAGAUUGAUGAGCACCAGCCUGACCAGAAGGACGAGUUGCCGGAGACCAUGUAGGCUCCGAUUGAAAGUCCAUGGCAUCGAGUCAGCAAAGGAACUGAAUUGCAUCGUAUUAGUACUCGACAGCUGGCACCAUGCUGAUGCGCAGAAGGCUAUCCACAUCCUGUCUCAAAAGGACAUCUUGGUCACAAACGCCAAGGACAAGGAGAUCAACUUGAGGGUAGUCGGCUCUCUGGACCGCCUGAUCCGCAGCCGCGACAGUCUGUCCAUCUAAGUAGUUGGUAUCUUCCGCGCAUGUGCGAUAGGUAUCCUCGUUCUAAUUCCUUCGCACCUCCUGAAUCACCGUUGCGUGUCUUGUUCCCCUCCUGCUCCGCAUAUUUCGUGUUGUACAAACGGCGAUUGAGCCUGCUGAUCAGGUAAGAAGGCAGGACG